GACCCAAUGUUAUUCGAGAGUUGGAUGGGGCACUCUCUCAACCCGAAAAUAGAGGAGCCAUCGGUGUUAUUGUAAUCUCAGACUGUGGAAGAUUUUCUGAUGAUGCGAUAAGAAGAGCCAGGGCGUCCGUACACAUUAUAAUUCUCACGAAAGAAGGAAGA